UUGAGGCCAACAGUUCGAAUACGCGAUACGCGCGCAUGCGAUUUACCGCCCAACCGCCCACCACCCCCCGCCUCCAACGAGAGUGCGAGCGAGAGGCAGAUAGAGAAAACUACUCCACGCUGCUUGCCAAACUAACAAAAAAUUCGUAGUGGGUGCUGAAACGAAACCGAAAAUCGACAAAAAAUUUAUAACGCACGAAAUCCGUGAAAAUACGAGUAUUUAACAAAAAUAAAUAAUUAAAGCUGUGCGUCUGUGUGUUCUGUUUCUUGGUAUUAUAUUGUGCGUGUGUUAAAAGAAUACUAAAAAGUCGACAAGUGCAGAAUGAAAAUCAUAAACAAAAAAACAACAACAAGACGGGCAACAAGUUUUUUUGCGUAGAAUCCAACGACGGGCGAAAUUCCAAGUAAAUAAGCCAACCUGCCAAGUGUUGUUUUUAUUUUUUUCAAAAAGCGCGAAUAUUGUUGCAACUCGUUUCGGUUGUUGUUUUCACAAUUGUUGUUGCUGUUGUCAAAGCCACACAAAGCGGGUCAAAUGCAUAAAUAAAUGAAUGAAGCGAAAUGAAACGAGCCGAGAAAUAAAUGCAAAAUAUGUUGUUAUUAUCAUUUGGCCUGAAGCGAAAUUAAUUACAGCGUGCAUUGUCAUUGUUGAAAUUUUUUAAUACAAAAUAUCCAUAUCUCAAUCAGUGAAGUUUAUGUAAAAAAAAGUUCGCUGGUAUCUUCUUCGAAACUAUUGCCAUCCCGCUCCGACCAAAAAAAAAGCUCUAUAAACAAAUGAGUCUAACUGCUAGAUGCGUUUGCACCUGAGCACCUGCGGAUCGCCUCCACCAAUGGCAGCUAAACAAAAGGCAGGCCUACGAUUUCCCAAAGCAGCAGCACAGAUAAGUCGACAGCACGACUUGAAUUAUUGCACGCAACAGCAGCAGCAACAUCUACAGCAGCAACAUCCACAGCAGCAGCAUCUACGGCGGGCAGAGAAAGGGGAGCCAAAGUAACCAAACAGAAGACGCAGCUUCAUUCUACAAAACAAUUGUGGAAAAGUGGGAAAACUCGUGUGUGUGCCAGUGUCUGUGUGUGCGAAAAGCGAACAAUAGAAAAAACCAGAUAGAAAAUCAGCAGAGAAAACAAUCAGCCAAAGCAGCAACAUAGAGCAGCAGCAACUAUAAUUUUAGAUCUUUUUUUAUUUGGUAUAUGCUUCGGUUACGAU